AUGGAAGAUACAUUGGACUCCUUGCGUAUUUUGCAGCUGCGCGAUUUAAACGCAGGAAAUUCCAAAAUUAGAAGCGAUUCGGACGAUUCGGAUGGCAGCUGUGUAUGGAUAGGUCACAAAGUGGAUAUUAAAAAAGAGAAAUUUGGAACAGAAGGGACACCGACAGGUUGGCUUGUACAGAAUGUCAAAAAUAAAGUUAAAAGAUUAUCGCUGGCAACCAAAAAUGUCUCUGGAAAUACUGUAAAGCUCAAUUAUCACGGCCACAACUCUGCUAUUUCCCCUGUUAACCUAGAUUCUUCCACAUCAUCCACCGCCACUACUAGACAAUCUACCUACUUUAACUCCAACGAUAGGUACAACUUCUGCAACAAGGAUUCCACUAUAGACCAACAAGUUCAACCACUAAUCAACGGUUGCAAGAAGUUGAUAAAGAAAUCUAACCAUCCUAGCACUGGCUGUGUAGAUGAACUUCUAAGACUUCCCCGGUGGAAAUAUCGGUCAGAUACCUCUCGAAAGCCUUGGUACAGUAGACCAGCUACGGUUAACAAGUGGUUAAGGACGUUGGUUAAUAGCGGUAUCGCACUACUAUUCCUACUAAUGAUAGGUUUCAUGGCCAAGCACAUACACGAAGACUUUAUGACAAGGCUGGGUGAGAGGGAAUCGCGGAACAAAAUACUAAUGAAGGAAUGUGAGAGCCAGUACAUAGCAAACAAAUGUAAAAUCAAUACGGUGCCUUAUAUGAUUAAUCAAUGUGAGGAGUGGGAGCUUUGUAUGCAGGGUCAGCAUCUAGGGAAACAAUCAAGUUCUCUCUAUGCAAAGUUACUAGCGGAGGUUUUAAACAGUUUUUUUAGCACAUUGGAGUAUAGGACGGUAUGUUUUCUUAUCGUAUUAACGUUUGUAUUUGUGGUUUCAGGUACAAUGUGUGCCUGGGGCAGGUAA